AGGCUGGCACCGCGGCCGUCCCCCCGCCGGACGUGCGCGAGGAGGAGCUCAACCAGCUCCGGCUGCUGGAGGAGGCGCGGCAGAGGCGGGUGGAGCUCGAGCAGCAGCGGCGGAAGAACCUCGGGGGGGCCUUCGCGCUCACGGAGGAUGAUAUCGACGACGAGGCUGCUCAAAGAAAAGCUGCUGCCCGGGAAAAGGCGCGCGCGGGCGAGAAGAGACCCGCCAUGGAGAAGCUCUCGCUGGCGCAGAUGCGCGCGGAGAUCGUGCCGUCGUUGGCAUCCUCUGCUGCAACGUCGUCUCAGCCGAGGCCAGUCACCAAGGAUAGCGUGACCGCGCUGGACCUCGACGGGGCCCUCCACGAUCACAAGUUCUCAAAGACGUGGAAGGACUGGGACGCCUCCAAGCGGGACGACCCUGGGGAGAUCGCGAGGAUGUUUAUGAAGGUGUCGGCGGUGAAGAGAAGGGGCUACGGCACGACGCCCGGCGGCGGUUCCCGGCGCGGCGGCUCGCGCAGCAGGAGCCGGAGCCGCCGCAGGUGACGCCCCAUGGGCUGUGCUCUCGCGGCGGUCGGCGGCAGCGGGGCGAGAAGUCCGGGGAGGCAGGGGGCGGGUCGA